AUGUCGGAGCUUGGGCCGAAGGGGGAAAAUGAUAAGGAAAACAUUGCGGUUGUUGAGACUAUUGUGGAGGAGAUGGAGGCUGAGAGGAUAGCUCAGUCGAAGGAGCGGCAACCGUUGAAGCCCUCAGCGUUCCAACCGAAGAUAAUACCGCUGAACCCAGGAGCAAUACCCUCGAAACUCGGCAAGCCCCGCAAUCCUGGUGUUAUCCCCGCCACGACUUCUCUUACUAUGUUCAAGCCUCAUCGGGUUCGGCAGCUGGCGCAAGUGUUUACUGCGAGCGCGUGCGCGGCGGCAGCUCGGUCACCGAAAAAGACGGCAGUCGAGAUAGUUGUGAAGCCACGUAUUAAGAACCCUAUCAGCCUUAGGGCGUUAGGACGGUUGGAUGGUGGCAAUCCCAAUGGUGCUUAA